CUAAAUGAUAUAUAGGCAAUGCAACGUUAAUUUUUUUCUUACUUGUGGGUACUGACAAAACGGUAAUUCACUAAAAUGGUCAUUGCAACGACUGCUUGUGUUGCUGCAAUUACAACCGGUGGUGCAGCUCUGCCUUUUAUUGGUGCAAUUGCUGCAACUGGUGGCAGUGCUGGCGGUGCUGCUGGAAUGACUGCUGGCACUGCCUCAGCCGUUGCAGGUGCAGUUGGAGCAGCAGCUUCUGGUGGAGCGAUUGCAGGAGCAACAGCAACAGGGACAGCAGCUGGGGCCGGAAUUGGCGCUGCUGUUGGGGGGACCGCCGCUGCAGGAGUUGGAGGAAGUUCUGCUGGAUUAGCUGCCGUUGUGGCUGGAACUGGAGGUAUUGGAUUAUUGGUCGUAGGAACGAGUACGAAUCAAGAUGAUGGACAUAUAACAUACGAUUGCUGGAAACCAGUAUUACAUGACGUAUCCGAGGUACCAUCCAUUGGGAUGUAUCUCAAGGACCUGCUCAGUCAUGCAAACAUACAAAAAGUAACAAUUGCCACAGGCUGUUAUACAAGUUUACCGAACAUUGUGAUUGAAAAUAUAUGGAAAGAAGAAUUCCAGAUUGAGUACAUGAUGUUAAACACAACGGGGGAGAUAGUGUGCCAUGCAAAACAAAUGUAAAAUGUCCGUUUAAAAGAACUGAUCAAAGACUUAGGCAUGGACAUAUUUCAGUAGUCCACUUACAGUGCCUGAUUUUGUAGUAUAAUAAUUUAUUUUUUAUUACACAAGUUGGCAGUUAAACAAAACAUGAUUUAUAAUAAUAGCCUUUCUACAUAAUUUUGUAAAUAUCAAAAUAAACCAAUGGAAUUUGUUUUUAAACAGUCAUCUACAAUUACAGCAAAAUAUAACAAAACAUUUGACUGUAUAUUCAAGCACGCCUGAGAAAAUAGUAAUAUAUUUUUUUUGUUUAUAAACAACAAAUGAAUGCAAGGGGAACAAACAAAGUUUUUCUUUGACAUUUUUUCAUACUAAGAGGAAUAACCCAAUGUUUAAUCACUACUCUUAUUUUGUAUAGUCUGUUUCAUCAAUUUUCUGGCAAAAAACGAAAUCAUUUUCUCUGUAAUGUUUUUAUACGACCGAAAAGUUCUAUCAUGUCAAUUUUUUUGGGUGGAUUCAUAUUUUUUGAAAUGUCAAAUUCAGUCAACGUGCAUCACUAUGCAUUAUAUAUAAAUUAUGCGACAAAGAGGAAUGAUUUUGUUUAAUACAAUGACUGUACCUAUUAUAACAAAUAGAUGUUAAUAACAGAAUUAAUGGUGGAAAUAAGCAAAGAUUUACGGUCCGUUCAGGAUAACUGUAUUUGUCUCGUGAAAAUAGGUUGUGAUUGCAUUGCGCAUUUCAGCUUCCGGUAAAAUAUAGAGUUAUCGUCCUUUAAAACCUAACGGCAGGUAGAAAGGCUUAUAAUAAUCUAUUUGCCAAUUACCGAUUUGAUUCUGUUAUUACACACUUUUAACACACACUUUUAACACAAGUUGUUUGCCUGUAGACCAGUUUCUAACCUGAAAAAAUAAGCUGUUGCGCAUGCAAGUUUGUUCUUAAAGUGUGUUAUUUUAUACAUAUAGUUGUUUAAAACCAAUUUUCAAUGAAAAAGUAACUAUUGAAUUCAAAAGUUUUUAGCUUACUGUGACAAAAAAUUAAAUGUAAUUAAAAGAUUUGAAAAACUUGAAAAACUUAAAAGAUUGUACACAUCACGCACAGAUAAAUUUGCUCUUUUCUUGCUCUUGAUUGUCAAUUUAAAUGUAUGCCCCUCCUAAGAGAAACAACUCAUACACAUAGAUCUCAAAUUACGGAAUUGGCAAAAAGACUAUUGACUAUUGACUAUUGCACAUAAACAAAUAAAAAUAUUAAAUUUCAAUAUUAUUUCUGUGUAUCCCUUCCUAGUUAGUGAAGAGAGAUACCAGUCUUAUUAUUAUGUAUCUAUAAUUUAAUAAGUAUCGAAUCGUCUAACGACGAUGCCGCACAAACAGAAAAAAUUUGAGUCUUAAAAAAUAGCCAAAUAAUACCAAAGGGAUAACUCAUAAGUCGAAAACGAACGCCACAUUCUGUAUGUGCCUGUCCCAUGUCAGGAGCCUGUAAUUCAGAAUUGUCGUUUGUGGCUGUAUAUCAUAUUUGUUUUUCGUUCCUUGUUUUGUAUAUAAAUCGGGCCGUUAGUUUCUCGUAUGAAUUGUUUUACAUUUGUCAUUUCGAGACCUUUUAUAGCUGACUAUGCGGUAUGAAGGCCGUACAGUGACUUAUCUAUGUCAUUUGGUCUCUGGUUGAGAGUUGACUCAUUGGCAAUCAAACCACAUCUUCUAAUUUUUAUAUUGACAAUGCCAUGGCAAAAUAACGAAAAGCGACCAAAAGAUAAACAUCAGUAUGCUAAACACAACAUAGAAAACUAAAGAAUGAGUAACACGAGCCCCAAAGGAUGGGUAAACAGAUCCUGCUCCACAUGUGACACCCGUCAUGUUGCUCAUGUAAGUACAAAUCCGGUUACAAGUCUAAUUCGGUAGGUCACAUUCGCGGAAAAGAUAACGGGAUUGGGGCUACGCCAAUUGGAACAUAUCCAAUUUUAAGAUUUGUGCAAAGAUACUGAUGAAAGUUCAAAAUAUACGAACAACAUGACAUGCAUCAGUAUUUUUGCACAAAUCUUAUAACUUUUAAAUUUUGUUCUGUUUGUACGGCAUUGUCGUAAGAUCCGAUACUAAUUAAAUGUGUUGGUUGGUUGUUUUCUACAGACUCCUUAAUAUACAUUAAUAUUUGUAUUAAAAUUAAGUGUCAUUUAUCUAGUAGAUAUAACUUGUAUGCAUUAUUUCAGAGGUGAUGUGACUUAUGUUAAUAGCAAUGAAAGGUAAAGCAAAUAAAAGCAAUAUGAAUUAA